UACUUAAAUAUCAAAGUUACUCAAUAAAUUCACAGAAAAUAUACAUAUUUGUGAAACGUCCACUUCCGUGACAUGUUGAGAAUUUUGCUUCGAUCGUCCUGUGGAUGUUCUGUUCUGCGACCAAGAGUCUACUCCACUGUUAAGAAGCCUAUCGACAGUUCUACCGGCGGUGGCAGUCCACAGCAGUUGAACGUGAAGGAGCUCAAACAUCCCACCAAGGUACCGCAGAAACCGCACGUUUCUCCCCUAACCGGCGGGGUCGUUCCGCAACGGGUCGAAAUUGACGAGGCAACGGUUCAAUUGCUGGAACGACUGUCCCUGGUCGAUCUUGAUAGCAAAGAAGCGCAUAAAAUACUAGAGGAUUCGAUUGAAUUUGCUUCGCAAAUUCUUGCCAUUGAUACGGAAGGGGUUGAGCCUCUGUAUACGGUGCUUGAAGACCAGAAACUGUACUUACGUGAGGACUUGGUAACGGACGGUAACAUUCAGCAGGAUGUGCUGAAAAAUGCUCGAAUCACGGAAGAAGAGUACUUUGUAGCUCCACCCGGAAACAUACCGCUCGAGCAGGACUCGGACGACGUUAAACGGCAGUAG